AUGGCUUCCAUCUUGCGUCGCGUCUCCACAAACCCCACUAUUCAGGCUGCAGCUCGCCCAUCGGCUGCUUACCUCAAGUCGGCUGUUGCCCACCCAAGAACCAUUGCCCCCAUGUGGCGUUUCAUGACCACUGCUGCUACUGAAAGCGCUUGUGAGCCCCAUGAACCUCACUUUUUGGAAUCCGUUGAGAUCUACUAUGACAGAGCUGCCAAGCUCAGCAAUGUCUCUGCUGGUACCUUGGGUCACAUUCGCGCUGUUGACAGCGUGUUGAGUGUCACUUUCCCUAUCCAAAUGGAUGAUGGCUCCACUGAAGUCAUUGAAGGUUACCGUGCUCAGCACUCCCGUCAUCGUCUCCCCGUUAAGGGUGGUAUCCGUUAUUCCGAAGAGGUCGAUUUGCAAGAAGUUGAAGCUCUUGCAUCCCUCAUGACCUUCAAGUGUGCUGUUGUCGAUGUACCAUUUGGAGGUGCCAAGGGUGGCAUCAAGAUCGAUCCUAAGCGUUACACACUCGACCAACUCGAACGUAUCACUCGUCGCUUCACCAUGGAGCUUUGCCAAAAGGGCUUCAUUGGUCCUGGUGCCGAUGUCCCUGCUCCUGAUGUUGGUACUGGUCCCCGUGAGAUGUCUUGGAUCAUGGAUACCUACCGCCAAUUCAACCCUAGUGAUAUCAAUGCCGCUGGUUGUGUCACUGGUAAGCCUAUCUCUCAAGGUGGUGUCCGUGGUCGUACCGAAGCCACUGGUCUUGGUGUCUACUAUGGUGUUCGUGAAUUCAUGAACUACCCCGAAGUUCAAGAGCGCACUGGUUUGAGCGGCAAGAUGAAGGAUGCCUCCGUCAUUGUUCAAGGUUUCGGUAACGUUGGUUACUAUGCUGCCAAGUUCUUUGAAGCCAAUGGUGCCAAGGUUAUUGGUAUUGGUGAGCACGACUGCUCUAUCUACGAUCCUAAUGGUCUCGAUGUUGAGAAGUUGUUUGCCCAUCGUCGUGAUGCUGGCAGCUUCCGUGGCUUCUCCAACUCUGCCGAAAUCAUCAACACCCCCACUGAGAUCUUGGAGCGUGAGUGUGAUAUCUUGAUUCCUGCUGCUCUUGAACGUCAAAUUGGUUUGAGAAACGUUGACAAGAUCAAGGCCAAGAUUGUUGGUGAAGGUGCCAACGGUCCUGUUACCCCUGCUGCUCACGAAGCUCUUGAGAAGCGUGGUGUUGUUGUCAUUCCCGAUUUGUUGCUCAACGCUGGUGGUGUCACCGUUUCUUACUUUGAAUGGCUCAAGAACUUGUCUCACGUCCGUUUCGGUCGUAUGAACAAGAAGUGGGAUGAAUCCGUUCGCACUAAGCUUUUGACCGUUGUCGAAGAGAACGCUGGCCGUACUCUUACUGAAGCUGAGCGACGACAAAUUGUUCACGGUGCUGAGGAAGCUGAUCUCAUCUACUCUGGUUUGGAAGAUACCAUGAUCAGCUCUUGUGAGGAAACCCGCCAAACCGCCAACCUCAAGAACGUUGAUUACCGUACUGCCGCUUUCAUCAACUCCAUCCAAAAGAUUGCUGCUGUCUACGAAGGUAGCGGUAUGCUCUUCAUGUCCUAA